AAAAACAGGCUCUUUGGGGCUCCCUAUACUCUUCUCUAAAUUUUAACGUCUCCCCUCUCCUCCCUUUGCCGUUUUUAUUCCUUUCCUCCCUCACGAUACAGCUUGUAUCUUUCCUUUCCCUCCCCCGAAUUCUGGGAAAUGGUUCGACCCAGCAGGCGGGCCGCCCGCUCGCUGUUGUAGCGAAGCGGUCGCCAAGGCGACGAAGAAAGGGGCGUGGUCCUAUGCGGAACAAAAGCCCCGCGCGCGGGAAAGGUGGUGAAAGAAGACACGUGGAUGCGUUGGGCUGGCUUUCUGGUCGUGUGAAUGCGGACGUUGGCUUUCGAGCGUUUCCUGAUGAAUUUAUGCGGCCGUCUCUUUCGGGAAACCCGAGAUGAUAGCCGUGGCUCACUUCAGCACAACAACCCUUCAAGUGGGUGUUAACAAAGAUUCAUCUGGAUCCUGGAGGAGUUUGCCUCCAUGUACCCCGAAUCCACCACGGACUCCCCGGCCAGAUUCUCAAACCGACAUACUGGAUCCCCAGGUAUGAUUUACAGAAACCUCGGGAAAUCUGGAUUGCGCGUUUCCUGCCUCGGUCUAGGAACUUGGGUGACGUUUGGAGGACAGAUAACCGAUGAGGUAGCCGAGCAGCUGAUGACUCUUGCUUACGACAACGGCAUCAACCUUUUCGACACAGCCGAGGUCUACGCCGCAGGGAAAGCCGAAGUCGUCUUAGGAAACAUCAUCAAAAAGAAAGGAUGGAGGCGGUCCAGUUUAGUCAUCACCACAAAAAUCUUUUGGGGAGGGAAAGCCGAGACAGAGCGAGGACUUUCCAGAAAGCACAUUAUAGAAGGUUUAAAGGGGUCCCUAGAAAGGCUACAACUGAAUUACGUGGACGUGGUGUUUGCCAAUCGGCCGGAUCCUAACACACCAAUGGAAGAGACCGUACGAGCCAUGACGCACGUCAUCAACCAAGGGAUGGCGAUGUACUGGGGGACUUCACGGUGGAGUUCCAUGGAGAUUAUGGAAGCCUAUUCUGUCGCACGGCAGUUCAACCUGAUCCCUCCGAUUUGUGAGCAAGCCGAAUAUCACAUGUUCCAACGGGAGAAGGUCGAAGUUCAACUCCCAGAACUUUUCCACAAGAUUGGCGUGGGGGCCAUGACGUGGUCCCCGUUGGCGUGCGGGAUCGUGUCGGGGAAGUACGACGGCGGGAUCCCCCCUUACUCGCGAGCGUCACUCAAAGGUUACCAGUGGCUGAAGGACAAGAUUUUAAGCGAGGAAGGGAGGCGGCAGCAGGCGAAGCUGAAGGAGCUGCAAGCCAUCGCCGAGCGGCUGGGCUGCACCCUCCCGCAGCUCGCCAUCGGUGAGUAG